AUGCCCACAGCCAUUUAUGUAAUAAGAGGUCGCAGAGUGCUCAUCACCUCCUGCUCAACCUUCGCUCAUCAAUCUGAAAAUAUGCGUUCAACUUAUCUAAGUUUUAUCCAUUCAUGCCUCCUGGCUUUCAUUUAUACCGCCGAUUCAAAUUUGUUGACGACGUAUGCUUCCCCCAAGUCCAUCUCGCGAUCACUUGUCAGCACUCCCUUACGGGGGAAGAAAUACAAACGUGAAUUGUCUUCAAAUGUUGCUGAACUUCCAGGAACGGUGGAAAGUCUUGAAAGAUUGACUUUGAAAGGAACGCAAUUUUCGGAUAAAAAUCCGCAUAUAACUCAAAGUCGUUCUACAUCGUCCCCGAGUAGUGUGGGAAGCGCCCCUGCAUCGCAAGCGAUCCUGGAUUGGCAUCCUACAACUAAUUUCCCGGACCCUUCCGAGCAUUUCAAUGCUAUGAAUGACCACCUUUGUGUCGGUCUUCACAGCUAUGCUUCUGAACGCACUCGACGCCCCACUAUUUCAGAACUGUUUGCAACUUCGAAAUCACACAUAGCUCAUGAGGAUGCGACUUUGGAGCGUCUCAUUCCGGCAACCCUCGAGGUGAAGCUUCAGGAUAUCAUUAAUUCCGGUGAUAAGGAGUGGUAUAAAGAUCAAAAAGUCCUCAAUUCUUGGAAGAAGAUCGGUGUUGAAGCCGAACACAAGGAAUUACUUAUAGUCGUGGGCGAAGCUGUACAGAUCUGGUCUAAUGAUUUCUUAAAAACAAUGGAGAAAUGGACACCAGAUUUCAGGACGAUAUGGCCUAGUUUACCCCUCAAGACGGUCCCAGGAGCAACACAACUGACCAAGUCAACACCAUUAAAAAACCUUGAAAUGCUCUCCCGUGCGCUGUCAUCCGUUGACCUCGAGAUUAAGGAAAAAGUCUAUGCUUGGUAUCGUCGGAUAAUGGGUGGAAAAAACUUUGACAAUAGGCUGAUGUUCUUGAAGGAGAAUCAUAACAGAAUAGGAGAAGAAAUUGCCCAGGCAUUGGUCGAUAGCUUUUCAGCGUUGUUAUACGAUAGGGAAAGCAUUUCCAGACACCUAGCUUUGCUUGAAGAGGUCUCUGACUUAUACCCUGGGAUCAGUGCCAAAUUUGUGGCGCGAGUGGUAGCGAUGCGAGACCAAGCCAAAGCUGAAGACAAAUACAGGUUCCGCAAAGCGGUGUUCCACAUCGAUGAUUCUGCCGCCUCACUCGAAACUUAUAAUUAUCUCGAAAAAAAUAUGAAGAAAGUUGACGACUGGCCUUACUGGUCUUACGACGAAGCAGUUGAAAUCCAUAACAGGCAGCCUAGUUUUUCAAGAUCAAUCUAUCAGCUGCCGUUAAAGGAACCUUUCUAUCAAACGCGGCUUGCCCAAGCGGAGUCUUUUAAAGAUGGACUUGUUGGUAAAACAGUUGAUUUGAUGCGCAAAAUCAUGCGAGAGGAUAAGUCUAAAUCUGUCUUACUGGAGCUGCAAUGGUUACGUGACAUCUUGGAAAGGCUCAAUUUAGCUGACAGAAAAGCGAUACAUGAAGAUGCUCAAUUCAUACUAGCACUAAAAGAACGUGAAUAUUACGAAUCAUUCUCGCGGGGUUGCAUCGAGGCUGUACAAUUCACAUCACAGGAGCUAGCGGAUAUUUUUGUACUUAGGCAUAGCUUUACUUCGUCGCAAGCGCUUGAAGCUCUCUUUACUAUUCAACAUAUGAAAUCGGCUCCUAGCUCUUAUCACGCAGCGGUUCUGAAAGUGCGACAACAGAUGAGGUCAAAGCACUACAUGGAUUUUGAUCAAAAGUAUGAAUGGCUACAAGAUUUAUCUCAAUCAGCGGCGGUCAACAUGCUUGCAACAAACUACAAAAACUUCAUUUCAAUCUCAGAGAAACCUUCCUUUUCAUCAAUCACGGGCUUGGAACAAAAUUUAAUAUUCCACAACUUUGAUUUGAUAUAUGAGAAUAACCCGAGGAUCAAGAAGAAAAUAUUGUCGCAAGUCAGAGAAAUCGUUGGACCAACAAGUAUGACAAAAGUUGCUAAGAUUAUACGAUCGUCCUUGCGUCAGGUUUGGACUCGGGACACUUGGAACAUUUUUGUCGACGGAAAAUUAGGUUAUAGUCAGGAAGAUCCCAUCUAUCACGAGAUAUAUAAGUUAGGCAAAGUCAUCCAGUUAGGAAAGGAGUGGCCCUCUUUUUCUGAAAAUGGGGCCAAAGAAGCGUAUGCAACGUACAAGAACAUUCACAAUGAAGUAAAGCUCACUGUUCAAAGUAUCUUGAAUGCGGAAUUUAAUGAACGUGUAAGGCUGUUGGCUUUCGCCGCUAAAAGAGAAAAAAACUUUUCACCGGAUGAUGGUUCCAGUACGAGUUUUGAUCAACUGACGAGUAGUGAUCAGAUAUCACAAUGGUCACGUCAAGGUCUGACGGCCACAGUGAUGCUAGAGCUGGUAAAGGCGCUUAGAUUGGAAAACAAAAAAUCUGCGGCUGGUGAGAGCUGGCGACUUAUCGCAGACAGUGAGGUUUUAACAUGGCUAAAGUUCUUUGAGACUCCGGAGGGCAAAAAUAGUAUCGAACUCAAAGAGCUUUCUCGCCUCUUUGAGAAAUUAUCUUCGACCGAGUUAGAACUCCGGCUUUGGCAGGUACGGGAAAAGAUAGUGAGUUCAUCUCCAAAAUCCUUCGAUCGUAUUCUGAUUGUCUUCAAAACGCUGAUGAUCUCAUUACUUUGGUGCAUCCGAUAG